UGAGGUCUGAGGCUUGGGAUUGAAAAAAUGCCUUUCAAUCUUCCCGGGACGCUCGUUGCAUUCCAUAUUCUAGUCAAUCCACGCGUCAUCCUUCCGUCGAUAGCAGUCGCAGAUAUUCGCCAACUUGAUUUUGCUGCGCUCAAGCGUGCAGGCUACCGUGGUGCAGUGCUCGACAAGGACAACUGUCUAACAAUACCUCACGACGACCGACUUGUCCCUGAACUCCAGGAAGCCUGGAAGGAUUGCCAACGCGUCUUUGGUCCACAAAACAUCUUGAUCGUGUCUAACUCAGCAGGCACACAUCUCGACACGUCCGGCCUCCAAGCCGAAUCCGUCUCCCACCAUCUUGGAUCGCAUGUCCUCUUCCAUCGGUCGUUCAAGCCUUCGUAUUCAUGUGCGUCGGCAAUACGAAAGUAUUUUGGGUCAUUGGAAUGUCCGAUAGAGACGAGGGAACUAGUGGUGGUGGGUGAUAGAGUUUUCACCGACGUCGUGUUGGCGCGAAGGUUGGGAGGUAGAGAAGGAUGGGUGGGCAGGAUAGGAGAAUUCUUCGGUGUUCGGUGGACCUCUGACCCUAAGCUCGACCUAGAUGAGAAGACGCAAGACAGUACCUCACGGGUUGCGGAAAAGUUGACUGAAGGACCGUUGGCGGUUUGGACGACAGGAGUCUGGCAGAGGGAAGGCAUGGCGAUGCGGUGGGCGGAGAGUCAAGUUGUCAAAGGUGCGGAGAGAUGGAUCAAAGGGACGAAGGAGGAGAGAGAAGCAAUGGAGGCCAGGUUCGUGAAGGUGACAGAGUCGUCCUUAGUGGGCGCGGACGUGACGGAGGGUACAGGGUAUGGUGAUGGAUGGAGUGGUACUGCGAAAGCAGUGGGUGUCAUGGGACUAGGUGCUCUAGGGUGGGUUGGAAGUAGAGUCGUGAGAGGACUGAGGAAUAGGUUGAAGAGAACAUAGUUUUCGUGUGGUGUAGUUCUCCUCAAUGCUCGUGUUUGUCCAUCAUACCUCCCCUCAUGAUAUAACGACUGUUCCUCCCUUCGUGGUCACAGGAUUUCC